AUGUUCGGUCUUCCCAUCUCCCUCCUCUCCCUUCUCCUUGUAACAACUUCUGCCAACCCCAUCACCCUCUUGGCAGAGCGACAAACACAACAGCAGAUCAACAUCCAAUUCUCCGUUUCAGAAGCCCAAUUCCGAACCUUUGAGAACUCAAAUACCCUACGAAGCUACUUCCGGUCCAGAGGCUACAAUUAUAAUUUCAAUUAUGCUCAACUCUCACAAGGCGUAGCACUUGUGGAUGGAUAUUUCGCCCAAAGAGCCUCUCAGACGUCGCCUUCUUCUUCCAACAAUGGCUUCCCGACUUCUGGAGGCACACCUCAGACGUUUACAGACUCGAUAUCGCUGCUGGGAGGUCCGAGUUACACGAACAACAGCAUGAGCGCCGAAGCAAAUCUAGUGUCAGUUAUCAGUUUUAGUGAUGGAGAUGCUGCUACUGCCGGCGGCGCCAUCCAACGAGCCAAAUCAUCCUCGUCAACUGCUUCUUCAGGCUCGUCGAACAGCACAGCUACAGUGAGCGGUUCUCCCGCUUCCAUCGAUGUCACUUCCACAGUGACAGGCGCCACAGACGAACGAUACGUCGCGGGAAAUCCUCAAGAUGCGUUGACAGCAGGGAAUUGCGCCGCUGCCGCGAAUGGUGCAUCCGCGCAAAGCACCCUCAUCACGUCCCUCACUUUGCCCAUCAAUGUUUCCUCUCCGGGCCAGAGCAUGAGCGAAACUGCGAGUAGCUUUUGUGAAGCGGGAGUCAGUGCCAAGCAGGCUGGAACUUCGGGGGGAAGUGGUACGAGUGUUGGGAGUACGCAGGGCACGUUGACGAAUGGAGGUGUAGUAGCUGUUGUGACUUGUAAUGGGCAGGUUUCGCGAGGUGUGCCGAAUGUGGUGUUUCAGGUGAGUCUUCAAGGGACUUUUAGCUCUUCGCAGGGCUUUCGAGGGACGUUUGUGGGUACGAGGACUGCGAGUGUUGCUGUUAGUUGUUCAUAG